AUGUUCAGCUGGGGAGGCAGUCUGGCCGUACCAAGCUUCAACGUUAACCUAGACGAGGAGCGAGAUCCCCCUCCGCCACCAACAACACUCCAAUUCCCUGACUACGGCAAUUUUAGCUCAACUAGGCCUCUGGAUGAAACAAGCUGCGAUGUGCUGUACCGACUGUUGGCCCGCGCCAAAAAGCCGUCGGAUAUUACAGACGAAUAUCUGACGGCGUUUAACAUCGAAGUGGUACCUAACGUUGAUGCUUCCGAAAUUGUGCCAGACCACGACCUCAAAUCUAAACCCCCCUAUCAAUGGUCAGAAUAUAGCGCGGGGGAAGGAGAAGAACCAACUGAUGCCCCGGUUUUUAUGAGCAAUGGGGCGCCAUUCCCCGACAAAACUAAAUAUAGCCACUUAAGGGAAGAACUAUUAUUUGAUAACGAAGAUGUGUUUCGGUCACUUGCUCGCCUUGACCCUUUACCUGGACAUAAGAAGCUACGCAUUGCACAUGCGAGGAAAUUCUGGACUGCUUUGCAACAUGCUGCUCAGUAUUGGGAUGCUAGUUACGAUAAUUACUAUGAGAAAAGCACUGAUAGUGAAAUGAGUGGUGAUGCCACAGACAAUGCUACAGCUAACGGGCAUGGGAAUAGUGGAAUUUUAGGAGAAGCCAUGAACAAUCCCCUGGAAAACAAAAUGGAUAUUGACGAUGAAAACGUCCAUAAACAGCAACCAGUCACUAUACCCCAAUUGAAGCCUAAAAACCUUGACGAUAACAGACGCUACAAGGGCAGGAGAAUCGGCACAGGGAGUGGUAUGCCUGAUUCUGUUCGUGAAGAAAUUCUACGUGGCCUUGUAGAAAUGGUUGCUUGGUCCCUUGGAUGCCAAAUUAAAUUGCCAACCAUGCCUCCUCGCCUUGCAGUCAAAGACCUAUUGUUCCCCGUACGCCAGAGUUUCAGCGUAUCACGUAUUCCACAAGAUAGACAGGAAGCCCGGAAACACAUUCUUGAGGGUCCCGUGCUUGUCGCCCAGUGUCGAGCCGAGACCCAGUUUUACGACGACGCCAGCGGCCAAAGAUAUGUUGAGAAAUGCGACGUCUUACGUGAAGUCGCAGGAAUGCUCCUUCUUGCCCAAGAGAGAGCACGAGAAAACGUGGUUGAAGUCAAACCGGGCGAUGGGAAAUGGUGGACCACCACACCUCGAUGGGGAGGUCUCCCUAACGACGGCCCAGUUGGUGAGCCAAUUCCAACCGGCCCGGAGCAGCAGACGGAGGCUACGCCAUCGAAUGCUGCACCAAAAUCUGAAGCCGCGACCAACAAACGGACGAGACAUGACCGGUCUCCCAUUUCGUACCGACGGGGCCUGACAGGUAACAGGAAGGUUAGCAUGAUAGAGAAGUGGAAGACGGUUCAGCCUGGUCCGAGUCUGUGGGAUAAGAGGGUGAAAUAUAUGAAAAUCGGAGCCGAUGCAGACAGUCCUUUCGAUGACGUCUUCAUGAUAUCGUCAAUCAUCCAUCAUUUUUCUAUCGUUCACCUCAGAGUCCACGACAGCUACCUUAAAUGGCUUGCAACAGGCAAGAUAGACUCCCCCAAUAAAGAUACAAGCCCGGAGACGCCACCAUGGCAAUGCCUCGUGCUUCGUCGAACGCGAUGGUUUGAUUUCUUCAACCCUACUGAUCGUAUAGAGGGCUUUGACGGGCUCUGGGCCGUGCUUACGCAUAUGAUGAGGUAA